AUAGGCUCCAAAACAAGCAGACCGAAUAUUCGCAGAAUGUCUAUGCGUUAUUCUCCCCGGUGCCCAUCUCUAGAUUCAGAGUUUACCUUCAAUUUCUCACAAAACUUGAAGCAAAAAAGACUGAAUAAUACGAAUUAUUCGAUGACAGUCUACACGGGUACUGAGAAAAUGCAUGAAUUUGACGACGACGACGACGACGACGUGAUCGUUGACAGAGCUUGCUACUCCUCUUUGGGCGGUGAGGUUACCGCUGCUAGAGACGGGGAGGAGCUGCUUAUGCCUCCAUUGAACUUCGCAAUGGUUGAUAACGGGAUAUUUCGGUCGGGGUUUCCUGAUACUGCUAACUUCAGCUUCUUGCAGAGCUUGAGGCUUCGCUCAAUUUUAUGCCUUUGCCCGGAGCCGUACCCGGAGGCGAAUUCGGAGCUCUUGAGGGCUAAUGGGAUUAGAUUGUUCCAGUUUGGGAUUGAUGGGUGUAAGGAACCUUUUGUGAACAUUCCAGAAGAUACAAUCCGUGAGGCUCUUAAAGUUGUCCUUGAUGUCGGUAACCAUCCAUUGCUUAUUCACUGCAAAAGAGGAAAGCAUAGAACAGGCUGUUUGGUUGGAUGUUUAAGAAAAUUACAGAGGUGGUGCCUUUCUUCGGUAUUUGAUGAAUAUCAGCGUUUUGCUGCGGCAAAAGCCAGGGUUUCUGAUCAGAGGUUCAUUGAGGUUUUCGAUGUUUCGAGCUUGAAACAUUUGUCUACUUCAUUUUCAAGUUCACAGUGCUCUUGACAGUUUGUCCGAGAUGGGAUAGUUUUCGUAUUAUGGAGAGAUACUUGGUUUUCUUUAUCCGGAAAAUUUUAGGUUUCUCUUUAAUGUGCAUUUUUAUGGGUACGAAAUAAAUUAAAAAAGGAUACCCUCUUUAGUUGUGAAGGUUGAACAUUAUGCAUUAUAUGCAGAAUACGAGUUGAAGUGUGGAGCACAGAGUGUUUUCUCCCUUUGUGCUGGGAAAAUUGUGGAUAAAUUGCAAGGUGUUUACUUUUUGUAAGAUCCCCUUGCAAGCAUGCUCUCGUUGGGAUUAUUUUGUCCCGGACUAGUUUAAUUUGCUUGUGAAAUAUAUUCAAUAUUCGCUAUAAA